GGGGGCUUCUCGGGGUCCGCGCACACCUUGCGCUGCCAGGACCCGAGUGGAGCUUCCCCGCGGCCCAGCCACGCCCGGUCCUGAGCGGUACCAUGGUGUGGGGUGCAGGCAGACCCCUGGCCUGGCUCUCCUCUGGUCCAGGGAAUGUGAAUUUGAGCAGCGUGGGCCCAGCAGAGGAGCCUACAGGAUCAGCGACAUCAUCACUGCCCUCACCCAGGGCCUGGGAUGUGGUGCUGUGCAUCUCAGGCACCCUGGUGUCCUGCGAGAACGCACUGGUGGUGGCUAUCAUCGUCGGCACUCCUGCCUUCCGCGCUCCCAUGUUCCUGCUGGUGGGCAGCUUGGCUGUGGCAGACCUGCUGGCAGGCCUGGGCCUGGUCCUACACUUUGCUGCUGUCUUCUGCGUUGGCUCAGUGGAGAUGAGUCUGGUGCUGGUUGGCGUGCUAGUGAUGGCCUUUACCGCCAGCAUCGGCAGCCUGCUGGCCAUCACUGUUGACCGCUACCUUUCCCUGUACAAUGCCCUCACCUACUACUCAGAGACAACAGUGACUCGGACCUAUGUGAUGCUGGCUCUAGUGUGGGGGGGUGCCCUGGGCCUGGGGCUGCUGCCUGUGCUGGCCUGGAACUGCCUGGAUGGCCUGACUACAUGCGGUGUGGUCCCUCCACUCUCCAAGAACCAUCUGGUGGUCCUGGCUGUUGCCUUCUUCAUGGUGUUUGGCAUCAUGCUGCAGCUCUAUGCCCAAAUCUGCCGCAUCGUCUGCCGCCAUGCCCAGCAGAUUGCUCUCCAACGGCACCUGCUACCUGCCUCCCAUUAUGUGGCCACCCGCAAGGGCAUUGCCACACUGGCCGUGGUGCUUGGCGCCUUUGCUGCCUGCUGGUUGCCCUUCACCGUCUAUUGCCUGCUGGGCGAUGCCCAGUCCCCACGCCUCUACACCUAUCUCACCCUGCUCCCCGCCACCUACAACUCCAUGAUCAACCCCAUCAUCUACGCCUUCCGCAACCAGGAUGUGCAGAAGGUGCUGUGGGCCAUUUGCUGCUGCUGUUCCUCUUCCAAGAUCCCUUUCCGAUCUCGCUCCCCCAGUGACGUCUAGUUACCUCCUGGUGACCAUGCAGCCCUAUCACUACAGAAUUCCAGAAUGUUAGAUCCUCCAGGUCUUUGUUUCAAAUCCCCAGCUCCAACGCCCCCAAGACCCAGCUGGUUCUGGAGUUCUAGGACAUUGGGUGUUUCAGGAUUCUGUUCAAGGUCCCUGUAGGAGCCCAGUUAGCUCUGUGGUUCUAGAAUGUUCCAGGUGGUCAGGGUUCUACUCAGAAAUGUCCCACUGGCCAGCUGGCUUGCAGUUCCAGAAUACUGGGAUUUUUACAGUGCCAUUCCAAAUCCUUGACCUUUUACCUUCCUCAGACUUGACCUUGGCCAUGUCACUUUAUUUUCAAAUUUCUGAGCUCAAGAGUCCAAGAAGUUAGUCACUUAGUUGCCUAGAUUGAAAGAUUUAUCUAUCUAUCUAUAUAUAUAUAUGUGCACAUACAAAGAAAAUAUAUUUAUUAUUUAUUUAUUAUAAAUUUAUUUAUGGGGGGGAGAGACCCACGCCUUGAGUUCUAGGCCAUAUCAGGGUAUCCCGCAUCCCCAACACCCUCAUUUCUGACCUCAGUUCCUGGAGGGGAGAAAUGGAGAAACAGAAAUCACGUAUUUUGUUAUUAUUUUUGGUUAUUUUUUAAUCAAAGAGAUCAUAGAAACCAGAGCCUUCUCCGCAGGCCCACCCCGCUUGGGUUUGCAGGGGAAACACACCAGCCUCUGGUUUUUUAUUUUUUUAAGAAGCCAUCACCUGAGCAACCGAGAAUUCCUCUGCGCUGGGGCCGGCUGUCCUCUGGUGGCCAUUUGGGUGAACUGCAUCCUGGCCUGGCCCCCAGGACUAAGAAAAGAAACCCCAACUCCACUCCAGCCUGGUGUCCAGCGCCACAGCCAUGGCCUGGGGAGCCAGGCCUCACCUUGAGGUGCCCUAGAGGAGGCGGGGCAAGAGCCAAUACCCCACCCCUCUGCCAGCCGGGGUAUGUCCCCCAGUGCAUUCCCUGUUCUUGUCCCCAGUUCAACUCAAUAAAAAAUGAUUUUGUGAUAAA